CUUUAUUUUCUUGAGGUUGUGUUUAUUUUACUACGGUAGUUUAUCACAUCUUCACAUCCAAAGAAUGAGAGGGAAUCUUUCCCCGAACGAAGAUAUUUCAGGGUAUUAUUCAAUGAUGCCUGUCUCGGACUUCCAUGCAAAGCCUUCCUGUACGAUGGAGCCCGCGGUCAGUAUGUGUGGAGCGGGAGGAGCUGUCACCGCCAGACCGCUGAUGGGGAACAGCUCUUCGUGGCAGCACUCGGGAGAUGGAGGAUGCGCGCAGGACGGAGCUGAGGAGUUAAACGAGAAAACUGUGCUUGCCCCACCAGUGUUCGUCUUUCAGAAGUCUUUCACCCUAUCCAUGAAGAGGAGAGCAGAGAGAUGGGAGGAGGGAUCAGUUGUGGGAAUCAGUCCAAACAAACGAGUCCGAUCCUUCACAUACCCUAAUCCUAACAGCAGAAUGAGGAAAGGCUCCUGUGACGGCAGUAGACGAGUGCGAACAAAUUCCCACUCUUUUCCCCCAUCACCUCCAGUCUCAAGAUCAAAUGUCUUCAUGCCUUCAAAUCUGUGCAACCGGGCCAACAUUUCCCCAAACAGAGUGACACCUCUGAACAGGGUCAGAAGGUCAUUACUUCAGCCUGCACGUCUCCUCGCCCCUCAACCCUGGAACAUCUCCUCACAGCCACACCUAUCUGAGGUAUUCUACAACUCUCUUCGCCCCCUCACACAGAGUGAAACGAGAAAACUCUCUCAGGUGAGUCAUGAUCCUUCAAAUGACGUCUCCAGCAUCUCAACUGGCCGCUCCUCCACUGUUGGUGUAUUACAUCAAAAGAAACCCCAUCAAGUUCACAGAUCGAAGGCAGACGGUACCACCUCAGACAGGGUCCAGUUUGUGUUUGGGGAAAACAUGAGCGAAAGAGUCUUGAGACCACAGAAAUCCCCUAGCAGUGAAGAUUCUGAUUGCAGCUCUGAUUCUGAGUCUUCCACCUCUGAGUCAAGUCAUAAAGGUGCUGUGUGGAGCAGUCUGAGGGAGUCUGCUGCAGCUUACACAGCGUCCUGUGGGAGGCAGCAUGUGCUCAGGCUCAGGCGGGUUCAGCUGUUCACUGGGGAGGAGAAGGAAAGCAAUGUGGUCCAGCUGACCUGCAGACUGUUUGUCCUGGAAAAAGGAACUCCAUCAUGGACUGAGCGAGGGAGAGGAGUCCUGCGACUCAAUGAUCUAGCAUCAGGGACCAAAAGAGGGCUUCAGUCCAGGAUAGUAUAUCUCUCACACCUUCGCCCUUUGAUCAAAACAGUGAUGAGGCACCAGGGCAGUCUCAAGGUUAUCCUCAACACCAAGCUCUGGCCACACACACACCUACGUCGCCCGGCCCGCCGGAAUCUCCAAGUGACGGCCACUGACGUGGAGACUCAGGCCGUCCGGGUGUUCCUCAUUCAGGCCAGCGCCAGGGACGUGGCUCGCCUCUACGUGGCCAUCCACCAUCGGCUGGUAGCCCUACGGGCCAGUGCUGCUGGGAGGGAGGCAGAGGCUGCAGGGGGCAGGACCAGGGAGGGGCACUGCAACAGUGAGAAUGAAGAGGAGGAGGAAGAGGAGAGACAACAGAAAGAAAGAGAAGAAAGGCUGCUAUUGACACGAUUGCGACCUGUGGUUUGUGAUUGGAUACACAGUAAACCUAGUUUGGAUUCUUGGUGACAUGACAUCAUAUCCUGACCUGGACCAUCUGAACAGAACUUUGGCUAUAAUGGAACAGUGGGACAAAACAUCAAGAGACAGCUUGCAAGUACUUACUAUCUAUUGAGCUACCAUGACUGCCUUCUUUCAACAACAACAAAAAUAUAUGAUUAUUCUAUUGCCGUACUUACUUUUGUACUUCACGUUAUUGUGGCAAGUGUGCAAGGGGAGUGUAAACCGCCACAUUAUGACAGAGGGAAUCUAGAUGUAAUGACUGAUUAAAAAAUAUGUAUUUAUUUUUGUUAUUUUAUUAUGCAUUUAGAAUGAAUCCAACUGUUCAUGCUAGUGCUAUUUGUGGCUGAAGCACCCACAUUAAACUUAUUUUAAACAUAUUUAGAAUAUUCCCAAAAGGUUUUGUUCUUCUGUAUUUCUUUUAUAAGCAUUAUGUUUUAUAUGUUGUAAGUGUUUUAAAAACAGCUUAUGAUCAACAUAAUGAUUUUGAAACUAUUUUUGUAGGUCUUUCACUACAAACAGAAUAUAAUAUGUAUCUACCUAUUUCAACUGUGAAACAAACAAAAUAUCUUUAUUGUUAGCUGUUUCAUUUAUACAGUACAUUACUGACAUAAACAAGGUUGUGGUACACUCACCUUUUCUACACAGUACUAAAUGCAUGCCUCUGCCUACCUCUGUAAUUGCUACAAAUGUGAGAAAACAUUUCAAUGUUUUUAAUGGAUUUUAAGUUCUAUUACCUAGUGUAUUGUCAAACGCAAUUUACUGAAAAGGGUAAUCCUGCAUAAAAGCAAACAUGACUAGCAUCUAGUUCAUAUUCUGGUAUGUAUAUAUUAUAUUAAUCUGCUUCUGGUAAUAUCACCAUGUUAUGUUAGCAGUUAUGUCAUCGUGAUUGAUAAAAAAUUAUUUUCUGAUACAA